CAGAAACCCACUUUCUGACCCCAUUGUUAUUCUAAGGCUUGUUCAAAAUCGACUUGACCAAGUGAACGGCUUUUCAUGGACUCUAGCUCCUCAUAAGAAGAACCAAGGACAGUCGGGUCGCCAUGUCUGCCCGUGCCAAAUUAGCAGAGCUGCGCGCUCUCCGCGCCGCGGGCAAGAAACGCCUUUCCACGUAUGAGGUGGAGGAACAGGGCGAUGUCUACGAAGAGGUCGAUGACGAAGGGUAUAAGAAAAUCAUCCGCAAUCGGCUCGAUCAGGACGACUUCGUGGUCGACGACAACGGCGAAGGAUACGCGGACGACGGUCGCGAAGUGUGGAACGAGCGCGGCGCCGACUACGACAGUGAAAGCGAGGACGAUGAACUGCCUGCCCGGAGCAAGGCUGCCAAGCGGAAACGUGAAGAAGAGAAGCAGAGGAAGGAAAAAAUCAACAACGGGAUCUCGAAAUACUUCAACAGCGGGGCUGCGCCGUCCGCCCCGAAGCCCAAGCCAGUGGCUACCGCAGAAGAUGAUGCCUUCAUGGCUGACCUCCUUGGAGAGGUCGAUACCAACGUCGUUCCGCAACGCCUACCAACCCGAAAUAUCGUCAAGUCCGAGACUCGACGCAAAGUCCGGAUCCUGUCCCCGCCGCUCUCGGACAGAACGCGAAAGGAUGCGCAUAUCAAGAAGGAUGAGAAUAGUGAUCCGAUUUCUCCGGUAAAGGAUCAGUCGGAUACUAACAUGGACGACGACUAUGAUGAUGGUCCGCUUCCCAACAUGGAUGAUGAGGACUUUCCCAUGAGUGACCCAAUGCCUUCAUCGCCUAUCAGCAAGGCCAUCGAAAGAAAGACAACGGCUGUGGCGGUCAAGGUAGAAGAAUCGGACGAGGAUGACACCGACCUGAUGGAGGUCACGCAAGCUACUGGACAGAACGAAGCCAAGGCAGCAAGUAUCAACAUGGCUGGAAGCCGACCAGUGCCCAAGCUGAAGAAGGAGUCUUAUCCUUCGAUUGCCAGCUCUUCUCCUGCCAAGGCUCUACCAGACGUUGAUGCAUCUUGGAACGACGUCCGAAGCAAGCUGAACGUUCUCAGCAGCCCUGCCCACUCUGAGAUGCGAACCUUCGGAAAACUACGUCCACAAGAUGUUGUUGAGGAGGAUGGGAGCUUACGUAUGUUCUGGCUGGAUUUCACUGAGGUCAACGGGAGUCUGUGCUUGUUCGGAAAAGUGAAGAAUAAACAGACAGGCUCCUAUGCCAGUGCCUUCGUCAAAGUCGACAAUAUCCUCCGAAAAUUAUACUUUCUUCCCCGCGAGAACCGUCACAAGCAUGGGCGCGAGACCGAUGAAGAGGUGGAUAUGGAAGAUGUCUAUCGCGAAGUAGACGAUAUGAUGUCGAGGUUGCGAGUGGGAAUGCACAAGAUCAAGCCGUGCACGCGCAAGUAUGCGUUUGAGGUGCCCGGCAUUCCGAAAGAAACGGAUUAUCUGAAGCUUCUCUACCCUUAUGAUAAGCCUGCAUUGCCCAUGGACGUCAAGGGGGAGACAUUCUCCCACGUCUUCGGUACUAACACGGCCUUGUUCGAACAAUUUGUGCUCUGGAAAAACAUUAUGGGUCCAUGUUGGCUCAAAAUUGAAGAAGCAGACUUCUCGGCUGUCAACAAUGCCUCCUGGUGUAAGUUUGAAUGCCAGGUAUCGAAGCCUGCGCUCAUCUCUCCGGUGCCCGAUUCCGAGAAUCUGGACGCACCGCCUGUCACAUUAAUGAGUCUUUCGUUCCGCACGCAACUCAACGUCAAGGAGAACAAGCAAGAGAUUCUGGUGGCCAGUGCCAGAGUCUACGAGAAUGUCUCUCUCACGGACACUACUCCCCCGGAGAAGCUUCCUUGCAAGACCUUCACGGUUAUGCGGCCGGUGGGCACCUCUUACCCCAUGCACUUCGAAGCUGAAACCCGGAAGCAACGAGGUACAUUCAUGCUGGAAAGGAGCGAGCAAUUUCUGCUCAGUAAAUUCCUGGCACUGUUCGAGAAGAUGGAUCCUGAUGUCCUCAUGGGGCACCAGCUCCAGGAAGUCGACCUCAGCGUUCUUCUCAACCGACUCAAGGAAAAGAAGACGCCAGGAUGGCAUCGUCUCGGGCGACUGAAACGUGGAGACUGGCCUAAGAACUUCAACAGGGGUGGAGGUUUCUUCGCUGAAAGGCAUCUGAUCGCAGGACGAUUGAUGUGUGAUGUGGCUAAUGACAUGGGCAAGUCUCUGAUGAUGAAAUGUCAAUCUUGGAGCCUGACAGAAAUGUGCGAACUCUACUUGGGACAGGGCAAUACGAGACAAGAACUAGACACCGAAGCAGCCUUGAAAUCUUGGGCUACCACGAAAGAUGGUCUCAUGAAUUUUGUGAACCAUUGUGAUGCAGACACCUACUUCAUCGCCGCUCUUGUCUUGAAGCUGCAGAUGUUACCUCUAACCAAAGUGCUCACCAAUAUUGCUGGUAACUCCUGGGCAAGGACGCUCAGCGGUACGCGCGCCGAGCGGAACGAGUACAUUCUCCUCCACGAAUUCCACCGGAACAAAUACAUCUGUCCUGAUAAAUACUCUUCCAAGCUGUUGAAAGCGGAAGAGAAACUCCAGGAAGGUGACGAGGACGACUCGGCGGACAAGAAAAAGAAGGACAAAUAUAAGGGUGGUCUGGUUUUCGAACCCGAGAAGGGCCUUUACGACCGCUUUGUCCUAGUCAUGGACUUUAACAGUCUGUACCCGAGUAUCAUUCAGGAGUAUAAUAUCUGCUUCACAACCGUGGAACGGACGGCAACUGCCGAGAAUGACAAGGAGGAGAAAGUACCCGAGGUCCCGUCGUCAGAGCAAGAGCAGGGUAUCCUUCCCCGCCUAAUCGCAACUUUGGUCGGUCGUCGACGUGAGGUGAAGAAGUUGAUGAAAGACAAACGCGCGACGCCUGAGCAGCUCGCUCUCUGGGACACUAAGCAAUUAGCCUUCAAGCUGACGGCCAACUCUAUGUACGGAUGCUUGGGUUACACGCAGAGUCGCUUUUAUGCUCGUCCCUUGGCCAUGCUUACUACCUUCAAGGGGCGUGAGAUUCUCAGAAGCACCAAGGAGCUGGCGGAGUCGAAACAACUCCGUGUCAUCUAUGGUGAUACUGACUCCGUCAUGAUCAACACGAAUAUGGACACUAUCAGCGAUGCGAUUAAGGUCGGUGAGGAAUUCAAGAAGUCGGUGAAUGAGCGAUAUCGACUAUUGGAGAUCGAUAUCGACAACAUCUUCCGUCGUCUCCUCUUGCAUGCCAAGAAGAAGUACGCUGCCGUCAACAUCACAGAAGUAGACGGCAAGUACGUUGACAAGCUGGAAGUCAAGGGUCUCGACAUGAAGAGACGUGAGUACUGCUCACUCUCGAAGGAGGUUUCUCAGAAACUGUUGAAUGAGGUUCUCUCUGGCGAGGACCAAGAACUUGUUCUUAACCGGAUCCACGACUACCUGCGCGAUCUUGCAGGCAAGAUGCGAGAGUUCACUGUCCCUGUGCAGAAAUACGUGAUUUAUACGAAACUCUCCAAGCGACCUGAGGAAUACCCCAACAAGGAGACAAUGCCUCCAGUACAGGUCGCCCUGCGCGAGCUCGCUCGAGGAAAGACGGUUCGUCCCAAUGACGUUAUCUCCUACAUCGUGACCAGUGGGGAUUCGGAAACUGCAUCCCUCCCGCCGGCCAAACGUUCGUAUACACUGCAGGACGUGAUGAAGCCCGACUCGGAACUCAAGCCCGACAUCGAGUUUUAUUUGCUCAAGCAGAUCUUCCCGCCUAUUGAGCGUCUAUGUGCUCCCAUCCCCGGUACUGAUGCUGUUCGGUUGGCGGAGUGUUUGGGCCUCGAUGUCCGCAAGUAUCAGAUCAACACUUCUACUGGAAGCAACCAGCAGAACGCUGACAUCUUCCCGCUGGAAUCGCAAAUUCCCGAUUCGGUCCGUUUCGAAAGCGCAGCCCGACUCACCCUCACUUGUCGGUCCUGCAAGGAGAAAUCGGUGUUUGAAGGUUUGCUCGGGUCCGUUCAUAUGUGCACAGCCAAUGGCGUUAUCUGCCCCAACCAAGCCUGUCAGAAACCUUUCUCGGUCUUGACCAUCGUUGCGCAGCUGGAAACCCAGAUCCGGGCCCAGACUUCCAAAUACUAUGAGGGCUGGCUUGUCUGCGACGAUACGGCCUGCGGUAACCGGACGCGUCAGAUCAGUGUAUACGGGCACCGCUGCCUGGGUCCCAAAGGUCACGCUGAAGGUUGUCUUGGUCGCAUGUCCUACGAGUACACGGAAAAACAGAUGUACAACCAGCUGCUCUACUUUGCCGGACUUUGGGAUGUCGACAAGGCUCGGACUGCGGCUGAGAAGGAUGGGAAUGCGGAGAAGAAGGACAGUGUGGCAGCGUUAGUUGAGUUCAACCGUACCCGGUUUGGAACUGUGAAAGGGGUCGUGGACGCAUAUCUAAAGAAGUGCGGACGACAAUGGGUCGAGAUGGAUAGUCUGUUCCGCUUCAUGUUGCCAUGAUUGGUGUCUAAUAGAUCUAUUUACAUUUGUACAUAUCAGCAACUUUUCUGUUUUAGUAUGUGGAUAGCGGGCAUUACCAGAUUUGGAACAACGGCAUGAUGAGGUGAAUGGGCAUGGAUUCGAUUUUG